GUGGGUGAAGUUUGAGGAGAAGGUGGAGGAGGGAGGGGAGAGGUGGAGCAAACCUCACGUCUCCACGCUGACCCUCCACAGCCUGUUUGAGCUGAGGACCUGCCUACAGACAGGAAGCAUCCUGCUGGACCUGGAGGGGUACUCCCUGCCUCAGAUCGUGGAUGAGAUCGUGGAGCGGCAGAUCUCUGACGGCCUCAUCUCUCCAGAUCUGAGGGAGAAGAUCAGCUUCGUGCUGCUGAGGAAACACCGUCAUCAGACCAAGAAACCCAUCCAUCGGUCUCUGGCUGAUAUCGGGAAGUCCUCCAACGCCGCCUCCA